CUUCUUAAAGUGUAGUUUUGAGUGGAAUAAUUCCCUUCUGUGUUUUACAUGCGAGUCUGCUUUAAUAACUCCACAAAUAACUCCUGUCCAUUAACUUUUAUAUGAUAACUUCAGAGCAUAAAACCAUACUUAAUUUAUCAUGUUUCUACAAGAGGGGUUAUCAACCUAUAGCUCAUGGGAUGGAUUCAGUAACAUGCUGCUAGAUGGAAGAAAAAUGGAAAAGGAUUUUGAGGCCACAGAUCAGUCUUGGCCUUGAGCAGGGCCAUUCUGUCCCACUGCCAGAAAACGUUGCUAACUGCCGAUUUGUAACUUAAACAUCCUUUUCCACCAUCCUUUCACCUAGCCAGGUAUCUUGAUUUUGCAUUUGUGUAUUCAAUUCCUCCUUCCUACAAAUCACACUUUGCAUUUGUUAUUCAGUUGAGACUUGUUAGAGCAUAAGCACUGCCACGUACUGGGUCAGAUGAUAGGUCCAUCUUCUCACCACACCAUCGCAGCAGGCUGGGGAAUACCAAGCCAGACUGCGUCCAUACAAUGCAUCCCUGCCAGCUCUACAUGUUUGUGGUCCGUACCAUCCAUCAUUCCUUUGCACCCUGCCUGGAUACCAUGUGUCAGGACACCCUUGGUGAGGAGGAAGUUCCCAGGUGGACAAGCAUAUACUCUAUCUUGAUCAUUUGAACUACCUGCAACCUGAGCUGGCAGUUUCUCCACAGAGCUGUUGCCACAGGCAUGUAUCCACAGGCAUACUUCAUGGCUUCCCCUAAAACCUUCCCCUUCUGCAGGCAGAGGGAGACCCUACCUGAAGCCCCUUCACCACUUCCUCUAGAACCUCCUGCUGGGGCUCUAGCUGCACUACUUGGCACACCUUUUCAUUUAUGCAUUCCCUAUCUGCAGCCCCACCAAAUCCCAGGACUUCCUGGUCUACCCCCUCCAAGCUAAUGAUAUACCUGACCAGGAAGGAAGCUCUAGCAACUGGGACCCCCAGGGACUGCAGGGCUGUUUUCCUGUCCCUGGUCCCAUCACAUUUCUGGGAAAUGUCACUGGGCAGCAUCCACUGGCUCCUUGGCAGUGGCAUACCAACAGGAGAGGGUGGGGGGGCCUGCCCCCAGGUGAUGGCCUAGUGAGGGCGCCAGCCAGGCCCUCCAGGAGGUACUCGGUCCCCUGGCAGCAAUUCUAUUUUCAACACCAGCAUUUCUGGACUUGGCAAUCAGCUGCUGGGAGACCACCUCCCUCCCGUGGAAGGGGCACAAAUGCAAGCAUUGGCCUCCCGGCACCAGAGACCCACAGUACGCCACUGCUCUUUGGACACAUUUGAAGGCCAGCGGGCACUGUCCCGUGCGCUCUGCUCCCUGUCCCUGCUUGGCGCGCUUGUUUGCAACUGUUGACUGCCACUCCCAUCCCUCUUGCAUCUUGUAUUUGUCCCAAGCAAUCAAAAAUGUGCCCUUAGCAGUCCCCCUGCGCCACCAUCCAGGGGGGGCUCACAGCUCUAGUUGGUGGGCUUGUUCCACAUUCAGGAAUGGCUCAGGUGCCUGCCUCACGACGGUGACCCCGAAAGGGAGAGUGAGCUGGGCACGACCCGUUUCUUCCCCCAUUCCUUUUUCACUUGCAGCCUCCAGGAUUCAAGGUCUAGGAAGCUGGGAUCCAGAGCCUGCAGCCCUAACGUCCAUACUCAACAGGAACUAGUUCCCCUUCUCUCCCAGAAUUUGUCCAGCCCCUUUGUUUUGAAGCGGGCUAAACAGCGGCUAAAGCGCCCCCAGUCGCAGCGAGGAUCUCAGAGCCUCUCACAACGUGCCAAAAUGGCGCCGAGGAGGGCGGGACGCUGCGCACCAGGGCGGCUGAGGCGGGAGAACGUCCCGGCACGAGACCGGGUGCGCACGCAGGUAACCUCAGGCGGGGGCAGGGGGUGACCCCGAGUUCGCCCUCCCCAACUGCUGCGAGCCGGUCACGUGGGCUCAGGAUCCUGGCCCCAUCCCCCGCCCUCGCUCUCCAGGACUGGACGCGAGAGGCCCAUUGCGCAGGCGCCGCGUCUCACGAGGCGGUGUGGGGCGGGGCUUGCGCCAGGGACGUUACAACUUGUCUGGCCCAGCGGCGACGCCAUUUUGAAUCGGCUGCGGUUGGAAGCGGCGGCGGCUGAGCGAGGCGCUGCGUCCCCCGAGAGAGCCGGAGAACAUGGCGGCGAACCGGAAUCUGAAGCAGGUGCGGAUCGAGAACAGCUCCCCGGCGGCGCCGCUGGGUGUGGUGGGCGGCGGCGGCAUGAAGGGGCUGCGCGGCCUGGAGGCGGAGAACGAGGCGGCCGCCAUGGCGCUGGGCAAGGAGCCCGGGGACGAGGAGCAGGGGCGCGGCUUCACCAUUGACAUCAAGAGCUUCCUGAAGCCCGGCGAGAAGAGCUAUACGCAGCGCUGCCGCCUCUUCGUCGGUAACCUGCCCACCGACAUCACCGAGGAGGACUUCAAGCGCCUCUUCGAGCGCUACGGGGAGCCCAGCGAGGUCUUCAUCAACCGGGACCGCGGCUUCGGCUUCAUCCGCUUGGAAUCUAGGACACUUGCUGAAAUAGCAAAGGCAGAACUUGAUGGUACGAUUUUGAAGAGCAGACCACUUAGAAUUCGUUUUGCUACACAUGGAGCUGCCUUAACAAUCAAGAAUCUUUCACCUGUGGUUUCGAAUGAGCUACUGGAACAAGCCUUCUCUCAGUUUGGCCCAGUGGAGAGAGCUGUUGUUGUAGUAGAUGACCGUGGUAGAGCUACAGGGAAAGGUUUUGUGGAGUUUGCAGCAAAACCUCCAGCACGGAAGGCUCUAGAAAGAUGCAAUGAUGGGGCAUUCUUACUGACUACAACACCUCGCCCUGUGGUUGUAGAACCUAUGGAACAGUUCGAUAAUGAAGAUGGACUGCCAGAGAAGUUAAUGCAAAAAACACAACAAUAUCAUAAAGAACAGCCUCCACGUUUUGCUCAGCCUGGAACUUUUGAGUUUGAGUAUGCUUCACGGUGGAAGGCUCUUGAUGAGAUGGAAAAACAACAACGUGAACAGGUUGACAGAAACAUUAGAGAAGCCAAAGAGAAACUAGAGGCAGAAAUGGAAGCAGCUAGACAUGAACAUCAGUUAAUGCUGAUGAGGCAAGAUCUCAUGAGGCGCCAAGAAGAACUGAGGCGUUUGGAAGAACUUAGAAAUCAAGAACUACAGAAACGGAAGCAGAUACAAUUAAGACAUGAAGAAGAGCACCGACGUCGUGAAGAAGAGAUGUUACGCCAGCGAGAACAGGAAGAACUCAGACGGCAGCAGGAAGGAGGGUUUAAACCAAAUUUCAUGGACAAUAGAGAACAGGAAAUGAGAAUGGGUGAUAUGGGUCCUCGUGGAGCAAUAAACAUGGGAGAUGCGUUUAGCCCAGCACCUGCUGGUAGCCAAGGUCCUCCUCCAAUGAUGGGUAUGAAUAUGAACAACAGAGGAACUUUGCCUGGCCCUGCAAUGGGUCCUGGUCCUUCCAUGGGACCAGAAGGAGCUGCAAAUAUGGGAACACCAAUGAUGCCAGAUAAUGGAGCAGUGCAUAAUGAGAGAUUCCCUCAAGGAGGUCCAUCACAGAUGGGUUCACCUAUGAUUAGUAGAGCAGGCUCUGAAACUCCUCAGCCGCCAAUGAGUGGCGUGGGUGCCGUGAGUGGUGGACCUGGUGGCUUUGGUAGAGGAAACCCAGGGGGCAACUUUGAAGGACCUAACAAACGUCGCAGAUAUUAAAACCUUCUUUCAUUCCUUACUGUUUAGAAAAUUUAGUACAGGUAUCCAGUGAUCUGCCUUUAUAAUUUUAGCUGUUAUCUGGAAAACGGUUUUAUUGUUAAUGUAGUCUUUAAAACAGUUUCUUUUGUAAAACCUAAACAUUUUUGUAUUCAGUAAUAGGCUUUGUAGUGUAGAGCAGAAAUGAUGAGCAUCAUUAUGUAAGUCAAUGUGUUUGUGACUUCAGCAAAAUAUAAACAUGUGACUAUGCUGUAAAACGUGUGCAGUUAUUUGAUCACAAUAAAAUAUAAAACAAAUCAAGUGAAUUUGGAAAUGUUAUUAAAAAUACUGCCUGGAAUAACUUUUUUGUUAAAUUGUAAGUAGCAUCUUUUUCAUUCAUCUCAAUACUUAAAAAUUCUUACGUUGAGUGUGAAAAAAACUUAAUGUUUGUUUAAUUGUAAAUGUGUGCAAAUAGAGCUGCAAGUUGCAAUUCAUAUGAUGAAUACUUAUGUUAUGACAAGUGAUUGAAGCUAAUACAACUUUUCAAAAGCAUUGAAUUUUAUAUACAUCCUUAUUGAGCUGUAAAAAUGCUGUUUACUUAUUUCUUCUUCCUGUACAAAUCUAAUCACUAUAGGUUUGUCAACGAAGUAUAUCCUCUGUUAAACUUCAAAUAAACGUUUUGAACCUUGAAAAAUAA